UAUAUCUGUCACCUGUGUAUAUCUAUCAUCUGUGUAUAUCAUCUGUGUAUGUCUAUCAUCUAUCUCCCACCUGCUCCCUGGGUCCAGGAGGAGGGAAGGGUUGGUUUCUUACCUUUGGCCUGUCUGCCUCCACCCCAGCUAUAAUGUGGCUUAUCUAAACGCCUGAGAGGUGGGGCACUUAGCUUUCCAGUUUUUUUUGUUUUUUUUGUUAUUUUUUCAAUUCCCUUUUUAUAAUUUCCUGAGACACAGUGGCCAGGAACUGUGCAGAGAUCUUACACAGAGGGGACUCUUUCAACCUCCAUUUUUGGUGAGUAGCUGAGGACAAAAAAAGAGGGUGGCCCCUGAGAUGGACUGUGGGCCCUGGGCACAGCCUUUCCAUAUACCCAGAUGAAUUCCUAGGUGGGGAGUGAGUGGAGAGUUGGCCACCAUGAUGGGGGCAGGGGCAGAGAAGGGAGCAUGGGUGAGUAGGUGCCUGGGCUAGCCAGAAGGGACUUAGGGGAAGGCGGCCAGGAAGACUGUGAGGGGUGAUCUGGCCUCAGGAGGGUGACAGAGGAGCCUGAAGAAAGGGAAGGAGAUGCGGAAUGAUUGAUGGAAGGGGAAAGAGUAAGAAGGAUUUGGAGGAAAGAGAGCCCGAAGGGUCCAACGUGGUGGGGACACAAGAGCUGCUGCUGAACAGAAAUGGGGGAGGAGCAGCUGUGUCAGGCUGGCCCCGUGGUGGGCCCGUGGAGCGUCCCGCAGGGCAGGCAAGAUGGAGACAACAGUAGACCAGGAGAGGGUGAAGGGGAGAGUGGGUGGAGGGAGAUGCCCCAGGCGGGGUUUUGGGAUUCAUUUUAUUUUACCAAGUAUAAGGGGACCCUUCAGAAGUUGACCAGAAACUGAGGAGACAGGACUUGGGGGCGGGGGGCUGUCCAGAGCACCUAGCUCCCAGCCACUCUUGAGUACAAAGGUAGAGCACUACUUUUUCUCUUUUGUUUCCUUCUGAGGCCAGUUUAUGACCAUCUCACUGGGAAAUGGUUGGUAGGGGCAACAUCCAACUGCCUUGCAGAACAGGAAAGGGGGGGUGGCCCAGGGGUCAGAGCGAAGCGAGUCAUCUGUUGGGGUUGGUAAUGUGAGGUCCGGCAGUCAUGCCCCUCAUCUCUUCCUGGGUCCUCUUCAUCAGCACUGGUGAGGGUCUGGCUGGGGAUGGUGAGCCUACCUUCCCACCCAUCAGGCCCCUCUGAGCAAGGGGCAACUCUGCUGUGGGAGAUGCAGAAAACAGAUCUCGCUUUCCUUCUGGGCAAUCACCACUCCAGCUUUCCUCCAGAAAGUUUCCACAAGGGGCAGAGGAGAAUCCAGCAUUUGUGAUGGCCAUCCCACCUUAGUGUGUAGUGACCACCACACCUUCUGGAAACAGGGAAGGCAAACCGUUCUGGUUGGCCUAGAACUUUUGGAUCUUUCUUGACCCCAAGCUGCCAAAGGUAGAAGAUUUAAAAACCUGAACUAAUAUUUCCCUCCCCCAAACUGCAAUGGGCUUCCUUUUCCCAGUUGGUCCAGGCACCAUGCUCGCGGUAUUUGAGAAAAUUGCAAGAGCUGUGGUCCAACACGUGGACGCUGGUGGGGAUAUGAUCGCUGUCAGAAGCCUCAUUGAUGCUGACAGAUUCCACUGCUUCUAUCUGGUGAAGGAGAGGAGACGUUUCUUUGGAUACCAAUACGAUAAGAGAGACCUCACCCUGUAGGACAUCCUGGAGAUGGACAAGGGUGAAGGGCUGUUUGAUAAGCUGGUUCCUGGGCUCCAAGGUCAAAAGGUUAAGUCCCAAGUUAUGGACAGCGUAGACUCAAAGGGAAGUUUGACAGUGAAAUUACCCAAAGAAAAAACACUUGACGUGGGAAUAACAUUCUCCAGGUCCCCAGAGCAGGGCAUCGAGUUAUCAAAGACCUGGAUACUCCAGAAAUUCCUGGAUUCCCUUAAGAACAAAAAGCUGAAGAGGAAACUGACCCCUAUGUUCCAAUCAAUCCAGGCAAUGAGAGAAGACCUUUAUCUAGUGACGGAAACUCUGAAGACAACAAAGACUGUAAUCCUGAAAAGUGAAAAGCAAUAUAUUUUUUGGGACCCGAUGAAAUGUUUUGGCCUCCGAUAUGAACACAAGAUUAGGAUCCUGGGAGGUGGGAACUGUGGGAGAGCCAGCUCGGCUCACCCACUGCAGGUCGGGGGCUGCCAGCCCAGCCGCCGUACUCUUCAGCUCUUCCUUCACCAAACGGAAGUGAGCAUCACCCCUCAGAAGGUCCUGGGCUAUCGAGUAAAGCAGCUAGUCUUCCCCAACGCAGAAAGUAUGGAGAAAGAUGGCGGUUCAUCUUGUACUGGGAAGUCCUUGAGUUUGGAGGAUUUCCCAAGCGUGAAGGAGAGGAUGCAGGACAUGGUGCGAGUCCUCCAGAAUCCGACUGAGGAGCGAAAAGAGGUGCUAAGCUGCUUCACCAAGUGCCUCAGCAAGGAUGAAGAGCUGCAGGAUCUAGAGCGAAGAAUAAGAGGCCCAAGGAAGAACUGGGGCAGAGAGAGGGAGGAGCCAGUGGGGAGACAACCUGCUAUAAUGGGACUGGGCUUAUCUCCCCCAUCUCCUGGUCCUAGGUGUCUGAGGUCCGGCGCUCCAGGGAGCUACAGAUGGAAGGCCCAGCAGGUUCUGUCAUGCAGCCUUUUUAACGCUGCUGGGAUCUUAAUAUUCCAUUGUAUAUACGCUGCUGGGAUCUUGAUAGAGGAGCACACAGAAGCCAUUUCAGAUUUCUUGGAUGACUUGAUUGAGCUGUCUGAGGAGGGGCAGCUUGUAGCUGAGGCCCUAGUUAAGGGGACCCUGCCCCUUUUGAAGGACAAGGUGGAGCCUAUCCUGGAGCAGAACCAGGGUGAGCAGCCCCGUGACGUGGGCUGUGACCCUGAGGCACGGACUCUCUGUGCCCUCUACGCUGUUGUCUCCAUCCUGCUGCAGCUGGGUGAGAAUUCUACCUCUGUGUCUUCCUAAUACCAUGUCAGCUCUUUUUUAAAAAAUAACUUUAUUUAUUAUUUAUUUUUGGCUACGUUGGGUCUUCGUUGCUGUG